CCCACAUGUAUUGGUUGGUUGGUUUGGUUUCAGUUCAUUUUGAUUUCCACAUAUAUUCGAUUUCUUUAGUUUUUUCCGCGAGGAAAAGGCUCUCUCCUCCUUCCCGACCCGGCCAGCUCUGUCUUCUUCCUCCUAACUCCAAAUUAAUCAUAAACAAACAAUCGAACAGAAGAAGAUAAUCACUGGCAUAAGCUGCAGUGACACCAUUGUUUGGUCUUGCAGCUGAGUGAUCUUUCUGGAUUCUUGGUUUUCAGGAGGCCUUUGCUCGGAAAUGGAAAAUCACGGUAACUCGGAUCCCAUCAAGCAAGACUCUCCCGAGGGACUCCCGUCCCUCAUCCAAGUUAUCUCGUCGAAUGGCGUGUCGGGCUUCGACAGCAUCGAAGGUCGCAGUGAUCAGUUCCUCGGCCCGUCAGUUCAAGAGACUGCACGGGGUUCCAAUUCAAAACUGGUGCAUGCUGUUUCCAUCAGCAUGCCAUCUUCCCCCCGGGAAGCUGACACGCCGAACGCGAAGAGAGUCCUUUUCGCCAAUAACGAUGAGCCAGCCAGUGGAGAUGGUAAUCCUGAUUCUACGCCGUCAGGGCAUCCCAAGCGGACCACGUUUUAUUCUCAGCCAAUGCCGAGAAGAUCAGGCGAGAACCCCCCGAGACAUCCUAGAGUUCACGCACUCAAGGAUAAGAGGUUCGACUCUUUCAAGACGUGGUCGGGAAAGCUCGAGAGGCAGCUGUCCAACUUGCGUGGGAAGCCGCGUCCCACUUCUCCUGAGGACGGCAGCAGCACCACUCCCACGGCGCCGGAGAGAAAUUUGCCCGUGGACCGGUUUUUCGAUGCCUUGGAAGGGCCCGAGCUUGACACCCUCAGGGCUUCUGAGGAAAUCGUACUUCCGGAUGACAAGCAAUGGCCGUUCCUCCUCCGGUUCCCGAUCUCAUCCUUUGGUAUCUGCCUCGGAGUGAGCAGCCAAGCGAUCAUGUGGAAGGCGCUGGCUACCUCCGAAUCCACAAACUUCCUCCAUGUGAGCACCAUAAUCAACACCGUGCUGUGGUCCAUCUCUCUUGCCCUUGUUGCAAUUGUCUUCCUCAUUUACCUCCUCAAGGUGAUCUUCUACUUUGAAGCCGUGCGUCGAGAGUACUACCACCCGAUCCGAGUCAACUUCUUCUUCGCCCCCUGGAUAGCACUUCUCUUCCUUUCCAUGGGGGUCCCGCCUUCGGUCACAAGCAAACUCCACCAUGCUCUGUGGUACGUCCUCAUGGCCCCGAUCUUCUGCCUCGAGCUCAAGAUCUAUGGCCAGUGGAUGUCAGGAGGCCAGAGACGGCUCUCGAAAGUGGCAAAUCCCUCCAACCAUCUCUCAAUUGUUGGUAACUUCGUAGGCGCCCUGCUCGGAGCCACGAUGGGGCUAAAGGAGGGGCCGAUUUUUUUCUUUGCUGUCGGGCUGGCCCAUUACACCGUUCUGUUUGUCACGCUGUAUCAGAGGCUCCCGACCAACGAGACUCUCCCCAAGGAGCUCCACCCGGUCUUUUUCCUCUUCGUGGCAGCUCCGAGCGUGGCCUCUAUGGCCUGGGCUAAAAUACAGGGCUCGUUCGAUUAUGGAUCGAGGAUCGCUUACUUCAUCGCCCUGUUCCUCUAUUUCUCACUGGCAGUCCGGGUGAACUUUUUCCGAGGAUUCAGGUUCUCACUGGCAUGGUGGGCCUACACUUUUCCGAUGACCGGUGCAGCAAUCGCAACCGUUCGUUACUCAAACGAAGUGACGAAUGUGGUGACACAAUCGCUCUCAGUGGCGCUAUCCGCCACGGCUACACUUACAGUGUUUGCCCUGCUUGUAACAACGAUCCUGCACGCAUUUGUCCUCCGUGACCUUUUCCCGAAUGACAUCGCCAUCGCGAUCAGCGAGAGGAGGCCAAAGAGCCACCACAGCCACAGGAAGUGGUUCCAUUUAAGGCACGGCAGCUCUGAUACCAGAGAUAUCGAGAAUUACUUGAAGUUCGCAACCUCUGAGGGGAAAGACAUUGAAGCCAGUAAUUCUGUGGAUGCUCCAAGUCCAGACGGAAACAAUCCCAACGUUCAAGCGUGAUGUUGAGAUUGUGCUUCCAUAGACACAUGCGAGGGGCAUCAAUCGUAUAAGGUGUGGUCCGAUGAACAUGUGUAUAGCUAGUGAGACGAAACUGAAUGCGUAACCAUUGUACAAAAAUCGUUCAGUCGAAUGUUGCAUACGUGAAAGGGUAUAGCUCAUCAUGUUCUUUACCGGUGUUUGCACCAUGAGAAACAUCUUCUGUGUCUGUGCCAUGCCCUGAACGAAACAACUAAGAAGGUCUCAGGACUUUUGCUUUGUUCUAUGAGAUUCAAGAGUUUUGUCAA